AUGGGCCUAUUCGGUUACAUGCGUAUUAACAACAGCGGAAUUCAUCGCAGUAUCGACACACCUUGCACAUUCACCAACUUUUUCGCCUCCAGCCCAAUCAACUUUUCGUCGACCAGCCCGCCCACCACUGGCAACCGAUUGAACAUCUCCCACCUCUACACACCGACCUGGUCGGUCACUUGUGAAUCCAUCGCACAGAGGCUGGCGAACCAGUGUCAGGAGCACCAACCUACACCCACCGUGCUCGCCUCCACUGCCCACACUGCCCUCGCACCUUCACGCCUAGAACACCGACAUGCACCAAACGCCAUCGCCUCACUUGCCUGGACUGCCCUCGCAUAUUCAGCCACUGCACAGACCUCGUCGGUCAAGUACGUCUUCGUGAAGACCACUGAUAAAUCACCGCAGGCAUGA